AUGUCCUCAACUGUUGAAGUAACUGAGCCCAAUCAGCUCAACAAAGGCCCCUGCCACACGGCAGAAAAACGACGAGUUAUAGGUGCCCAGCGCAGGAGAAGCCCCAGUGCACUUGCCACUGAAGUAUUUGAGUCACAUUUGGGAAGUCACAUUUUACAGUCCCUGGAUGGAUUUGUAUUUGCACUAAACCAAGAGGGGAAAUUUUUGUACAUUUCGGAAACAGUCUCCAUUUAUCUUGGCCUAUCCCAAGUGGAACUGACAGGCAGCAGCGUGUUUGACUACGUCCACCCAGGAGACCAUGUGGAGAUGGCAGAGCAGCUGGGCAUGAAGCUUCCCCCCGGGCGAGGCCUUCUCUCACAGGGAACAGCAGAGGAUGGAGCCAGCUCAGCAUCUUCAUCUUCUCAGUCUGAGACCCCUGAGCCAGUGGAAUCCACGAGCCCCAGCCUACUUAUGACGGACAACAAUCUAGAGAGGUCUUUUUUCAUCCGGAUGAAAUCUACCCUGACCAAGCGAGGCGUGCACAUCAAAUCCUCAGGAUAUAAGGUGAUUCAUAUAACAGGAAGGUUACGCCUGAGAGUCUCGCUGUCCCAUGGGCGGACAGUCCCUAGCCAAAUCAUGGGGCUUGUAGUUGUUGCUCAUGCUUUGCCCCCUCCUACGAUCAAUGAAGUCAGAAUCGACUGCCACAUGUUUGUUACGCGAGUAAACAUGGACCUCAAUAUCAUAUACUGUGAAAAUAGGAUUAGUGAUUAUAUGGAUCUGACUCCUGUAGACAUCGUAGGGAAGAGAUGUUACCACUUCAUUCAUGCUGAAGAUGUGGAGGGGAUCAGGCACAGUCACUUAGAUCUGCUGAACAAGGGUCAGUGUGUAACAAAAUACUACCGCUGGAUGCAGAAGAAUGGGGGUUAUAUAUGGAUACAGUCUAGUGCCACCAUCGCUAUCAAUGCUAAGAAUGCAAAUGAGAAAAACAUCAUCUGGGUCAAUUACCUUCUGAGCAACCCGGAAUAUAAGGACACUCCAAUGGAUAUUGCACAACUUCCUCAUCUGCCAGAGAAAACCUCAGAAUCCUCCGAGACCUCAGAUUCUGAAUCAGACUCAAAGGACAACUCAGAAGACAAUGAAAAUUCAAAGUCAGACGAGAAAGGAAACCAGUCAGAAAACAGUCGGAAGAAAUCUGGGAACCAGUCGGAUAAUGAAAUGAACUGUAAUGACGAUGGGAACAGUUCCAGCAACCAAGAUAGCAGAGACAGUGAUGACAGCUUUGAAAAUUCUGACUUUGAGAAUCAAAAGGCCCCUGAGGAUAGUUUUGGCACUCUGGGUUCUAUGCAGAUAAAGGUGGAGCGCUACGUGGAGAGUGAAUCAGACUUGCGGUUACAGAACUGUGAAUCGUUGACCUCAGACAGUGCCAAGGACUCGGACAGUGCAGGAGAAGGAAAUGCUCAGUCUUCCAGCAAACAUCAAAAGAGGAAGAAAAGGAGGAAAAAACAAAAAGGAGGCAGCACAACCCGCAGGAGGCUGUCAAGCACUUCAAGCCCCAAUGGACUCGACUCAGCAAUGGUGGAUCAGCCACAGCUGCUUUCAUCACCAAACAGUGCCUCAGUGCUCAAAAUCAAAACCGAGAUCUCAGAACCUAUCAAUUUUGAUAAUGAUAGCAGUAUUUGGAAUUACCCACCCAACAGGGAAAUCUCAAGGAAUGAAUCACCCUACAGUAUGACCAAGCCCCCAAACUCAGAGCACUUCCCCUCACCGCAAACCAGCAGUAGUUUACAUGUCUCCAUUCCAGACUCUGUUCUCACCCCACCAGGGACUGAAAAUACUGCCAGCCGCAAAUCUCAGUUCAGCACCUCAUCCAAUUCAGCCUUGGCUCCCGUAUCCUCUGAUCCUUUAUCACCACCAUUGUCAGCAUCUCCACGGGACAAGCAUCCGGGAGGCCCCAGCACUUCCAACUCUUUGUUAUACACUGGGGAUCUGGAAGCCCUCCAGAGGCUGCAAGCAGGCAAUGUGGUCCUUCCUUUGGUUCACAGGGUAACUGGAACCCUUGCUGCCACCAGCACGGCUGCUCAGAGGGUUUAUACCACUGGCACUAUUCGGUAUGCUCCAGCUGAAGUUACUUUAGCCAUGCAGGGCAAUCUCCUCCCCAACACUCAUGCUGUUAACUUUGUGGAUGUUAACAGCCCCAGCUUUGGCCUGGAUCCUAAAACACCGAUGGAAAUGCUCUACCACCACGUUCACCGACUCAAUAUGUCAGGACCGUUUGGAAGUGCUGUGAGCGCAGCCAGUCUGACCCAAAUGCCUGCAGGGAAUGUGUUCACAACUGCCGAAGGACUCUUCUCUACUCUUCCAUUUCCUGUGUACAGCAAUGGUAUUCAUGCCACACAGACACUGGAACGGAAAGAGGAUUGA